AUGUCCCGACUCCAAGGCUCGAUUCUUGCUACUCGAUUCUCCAUGUUUAACGCACCGUGUAUUGCCUCUCACAAUGGCUCCCGCAUCCCUUCUCACUCAAAGACCGGUGUCUUGCUAUUGCACAGUACAGGCCACGAACUGUACAGAGAGUCAGAGACCAACUUUCUUUCGUCCUUCUCAAAGUUACAACCGGCCGGUCACAUUCAACCACUGCAUCGCAGACCACAGAUUGACAGAGCAAUAACCCCGUUCCAGAUUCACAGAGAGGCAGGCAAUGAGGCACUACGCUCUGUACGCUCGCCACCACCCGCGUCUCGUACGCACGACCAUCAGCGAGUCCAACCUCACAGAGCCGAGCCAGACUGCGACUCGGGACGAUUCUCCCCAGUUAGAAAGUCGAGACUUUUGGCCGCUGCUCCCAAGACCACUCUCAGUCUUUACCAUGCGAUGCGGUGGAAUUGGCCAAGGAAAAGUGGCCGACGCCCCCGACAUGUGCGCUAUUCUGAGAACAUUUGCGAAAGAUUAUCGAUUCUAGCCUCCCGAUUCCCGACGCCGAUGCAAUCCCUUCAUGUAUUGCCACCUCGCCUGAGCAAGCAGCUAACUAACAGUGGAACGUACGAAGCUGCGGCCUGCGAUAUUUCCAACCGAUCCAACCAGGCACACUCGGAUCCCACAUGCGAUUUGUGGUUGUGA